AUGCCAAUUCUGCGGCAGAAGUUGCUAACCGAUUUCUAUUUUUCGCCAGAAAAAUUAUGUGAAUCAAAUGCUGCAGUUCAACCAAAUACGAGUUGUAAAACAAAUUAUGUUGUUGAUCCAAAUUGUGAAAAUGAUGAAUUUUCCGAACCUUUAUCAUCCGCUGAAAAUUAUCCAUUAUCAGUAUCGCCUACCACUGCUAGUCCUUCGAAAGUUAUUCGUACAGUUAUUUUAUCUAAAAAAGGGUGUAAAAAGAGACGAAAUAUGUCAAUGGAUGAUUCAAAACAGAUGAUUUUGGAUGCAGGACAAAAACAAUUCGGUCAUCAACAAUGCGGACAGUGUGAUAUGGUAUAUGAUUGCGAUUCGUUAUUCGAUCAGAAGCAACAUCAAGAAUUUCACAAUCGUUUUCUAUCAACCAAAUGGUUUCGUGUGCAAAGCUCACAGCUAAAUGUUUGGAAACGGGCUGCUUUUUGCAUUGUUGAACAAUUCGAAGGGAAUUAUAGUCACAUAUUUUGCAUUACGCAAACAUCGAAAUGUACAUUGAAAACACGUGUUGAUAAGAUUAUUUUGGAAUGCAUCAAUAAAGAAUUAGGCUAUACACCAGAUUUAGCGCAAGUUUGGACAUCGGAUGGUAGAAGACAAGCUUGGGUAUACGUUACAGCUUCAGACAAAUAUUACUUUAUUGGUGCUGUAGCACUGGUUGAAAAGAUUUCCAGGAAACAACUGCAGUAUGCAGAAGAAAACAGUGCAGCAAAUAAUGAUAUAAUCCCAACAAGCAACAAUGUAUACAUGGGUGUUAAUCGAAUCUGGGUACAUCAAACUUUAAGACGUAGAGGCAUUGCAGCACUUUUGUUGGAUCAUGCACGAUCGUAUUUCGUCAGUUCUGAUUCUGUGCCACGUGAAAUGAUUGCAUUUAGUAGUCUAACAGAUAGUGGUUUAGCGUUUGCUAGAAAUUAUAUUUCUGGAGGAAAAGUCCUUCUUUACAAUUUGAAUCCUGAGACUUGUCACUAA